AUGAAGACGGAACCGCCAGUGAUCGAGUCGCCUCUCGGCAAUGUCUAUGCGACGGGGUUGGCUGGGCAGGCCGUCGUGGACGCCGUCAAGCCGGUGACAGGCAAGCGGAAGUCGUCUCCGAGCGUAGAGAAAAUUGACGGGGAAACAGAAGAGCAGAGUCAGAAGCGCGUACGUGGACGGCCGCGAUUAGACACCAAAGACGAGACUGCUGCCGAUCGGCGGAGGACGCAAAUUCGUCUUGCGCAAAGGGCUUAUCGGCAUCGAAAGGAUAAUGCCAUUACCAGCCUGGAGGAAAAGGUCAAGGAGCUGGAAAAGAGCAAUGCCGAUAUGAGCCGCGAGUUUCACAGAUUUCACGAUCUCGUACUGGCGCAGGGUCUCUUGGAUGCAUCAUCAGAGGCUGCUAACCGAUUCAGAGCCGUCACGGACAACUUUCUCCGGAUCAAUGGCCGGAACGUAGGGGAGACGGGCUACAUUUCUCCAGAGGAUGAACGCACAACAGUCAUCGACGGCUUUCGAGGUCCACCAGAGGCCAGCUGCGGCUCAUCAAUUGGAACCCAGAGCUCCCCAAAAUCUCAGCAAGACACCUCCGGACACACUCAGUUGGUUCCAUCUCCGGGGAGUAGGACGGCAGUAGACUCAAUGACUUCUUAUGAGGUUAUCGCGCAGGCUACGCCCGACAAUGCGUCAUUCCCGCUCUACACCGAUAUGGAUGUCGUGCCCAAUCUUGCUGGAUAUGCAGCCAUGACUUCACCGUUUGCGACGCUGCCUCUGACGAGCUCUUUAUCAUACCAUGAACACUCAUUCGGCCGUCGACUGCAGAGGAGGACGACAGAGCGUGGUCUAUUUUUGGCGUCGAUGGCGAACCCGCCGCCUGAGCGAUACGCCGCCGUCUUUGGCUUUUCACUGCUCUUUGAAUCUCGAGAAACGAUCGCGCGACGUCUAUCACAGCAACUAGCCAACCUGGUCAUGCCGUUCCAGGACCAGGCCAACCCACAAAAGGGUCCUCUUGAGGAAAAGAUGGAGCAGCGCAUCAGAUUGACUUUUGGGUUCGAAAAGGAAUUCUUGAAUGCCGACGAGAUCGAGCUCUAUUUGCGCCAGCUUGGAAUCAACAUCCCGCAGCAGGUGGAGUUUGUUGAUGCAGAGGUGGAUGUAAACACUUUGACCGAUACGAUGCCUCCAGUUUUAACAGCUCAUGGAUCCUAUUCAUCCCAAUCGUCCGGAUUUGACAACCAGAAUACACAUGUUUCUGUUUCAAUGCCGCUGAACAUGACCGCCAACCACGUGCUACUUCAGCAAAUGCCGAUGCAGCCCAAUAGCUCUGCUCAGGCUACUGGUUUGUUGCCUUACAUUUGCGCACCUGGCAUGGAAAAUGCCUGGAGCGCGACUCCAUGGCAAAAGCCAAAGUUGACUAUCAGUGUGGGAGUCUUGGUCGAAGAAUUGGCCUCAAGGUCUGUUUGCAUGGGCAAGCACCCAGGCGUUCGGGUCAAGGACGUCAACAACGCCAUCAGGGUGGCUGCUGGCCUCGCAUAA